UAGCCCUCCGUUUGACUCGACCCGCUGACCAGCAGUACUGGCGAGUCCCCCUCCCAACCCUCUCAUCGACCAAGCCAAGCCAGCCUGGCGCUCCUCGUCGAACGGUCCACAUAGGAUGUACUCCCCCCCGUACCCUCACGCACACGCCUCCUCCUCCUCCUCCUUUCCCUACCACAACGUCGCGCCUCGCACCCCACUUCCCCUCCCGCCGAUCAUAGCCCCGCCCAUGGGCCUCUUCUCUCCAUCCGCAGACGCGGCAUACCGUCCGGCCGCCCCCGCCUGGUCGCCCGCCUCGUCCUCCUCUUCGCCCUCCUCCCCCAGCAGGGCAGCAUACGUGCAGUCGCGGGCGCAGCCCACCUCGGGUCCAGCUCGGGGGGCUGCGCGAGGUGGGCAUGCCAGUUCGAAGGCACCAGGAACGGGUACCAUAGGCCAGGGCGGAUCCACUCCGGCUGCAAUGGCGGGAAGUAAAGUCAAAUCCUCUUCCUCUACCUCACGCGACUCGAAGCGAAGGGCGACACACAGCCAGAUUGAGCGUCGCAGGCGCGAGAAGAUUAAUGCCCGCCUCAUCACGCUGCGCAACCUAGUUCCCGCCUGCCUGCGCACGAUCCAGGAUCCGCAACAGGAGGAGCAAGAAGGCGACGACGGCGAUCAGUGGAGCUCCAGUCGCGCAUCGAGGAGUUAGAAACGGGCGUCAAGCCGGCGCGCGUCCGAAAAGUCGAGGACGAAGAUGAGGAGGAAGAAGCCUUACAAGACGAAGCAGCAGCAGCAGCAGCACCACGAGCGGAAGCAGGGGUCGAGGA